AUGUCGCAGUCAUUUUUGCUUUCAGAAAAUGUGAAAAAGUCGAGAAACAAGGUCGAGCCGGUCGAGACAAAAAGUGAAGAAUGCAUGACAGACAAAGACCUCGACCCGUAUCAGAUCUUUUCACGAAACACGAUGACCUUGGUGCAACUGAACGAAACAGUAUGCUCGAAAAUGAGCUGUGACGAGAUCCCAGUUGGGAAAUCGCUGAAUACAACGAUUCCGAAUAUACAGGACGAGUCUGGCGAUCUUUUUGAAAGAAUGAAUUUUAUGCGAAUUUGCAUUGAAAAAUAUCAGAAAAAGAAGAAAAUACCUGAUUUUCAAGGAUUAACUGAACAACAACGCGCAAAAAUGCUCAUGAAACUCCCUCGCUGGAAAGCUAAAGACUCGAAAAUUACCACGAAACUUUACCGCGGAUCUGAGGAUGAGAUGAGCUACUUGUCAGUUUACACGGGAUGGACGGUUCCGGAAAUAGAAGCCCUCCACGGCGUUGAGGUUGAUAUAAAAAAGAAAAACACCCGCUGUUGGGUCCUCCUGGCUUUCAUCCUCCUACUGCUCAUUGCGUCAGCAGUUUUCCUCCUUUCUCACUUCAAAAUUAUCACUGUGCUUUAG